GAAGAAAUAUUCUCCCUCCCAUCGAUCUAUUCCCACGGGAGAUUACCAGCGUCCUUUUUUUCAUGCAAGUGUGUUUCGGUUGUUGAGUGUCCAAGACGGUUAGCACCUUUUCCAAUAUCCCCCCCAAACUAGACGAUUUCUACAAUUUCCCACUGCUUCUUCUACAGCUUCUGCAUCAGUUUCCCUUAACGCCCAUGUACGAGGACAGCACCAACUUUUUGCCCAAGAUGAACCCGACCGACGAGGAACUCGACCGCGACUGGAAGCCCAAUGGCCGCCGCCCGCAAUCCACAAUCGCCCGCUCCUUUAGCCAGGAGUUGAUGGAUAUCUUCCGUAUCGAAAACAGCCUAGCCGACCUAGACGAGCAGAUUGACAAGCGGAAACAACAAGUUACGACCGGUCAAUCUGAAUUAGAAGCCCUCGAGGCCAGAAUCAAGGAAAUGGAGGAACGACUUAAGAAGCAGCAACCGGGAACGGGUGGUCUCAGCCCGCGGGCUCAACGGCAAGCCCUCAACGAUGCCUUCGAGAAGAAGGCAUCAGUAGAAAAAGACCUCGCACAGCAGCAACAGCAGCAGAGGUCACGACCAGGUACAGCGAAACAGGUCCAACAAGCACCUGCACAUGGGGGAGCUAUGCCUCCGACUCCUACAGCCAGUGAAGGUGAAUACGUAUUUGUCAAACAUAGCUCCUCUGGUGACGGCGGUGCCGAUUCUCGAAUUAUUACUGACUAUGUCUUCGUUUCUAAAGAUGGUGGCGACCGCGACAACUAAGUCGGCAGUUUACUUUGAUUUUUAACGACACUUUCCCCGCCCACGCGCCCCCCUUAGCCGAGAUAACGAAGUGGUUCUACGCUCUGAAUUUUCAAUCCAACCCGCCCCUCUUCGAGUCCGAUAAAAGAGGAAACACGUAAUGAUCGACAACAAUC